CUAGGAGCAUGUACUAUUGUGUCAUGGUUGCCUCUAGCAACGGAAUGAUGCUUUGCGACUUAAUGGCUGUCUACUCUACACGAGAGCAUUUGUCAGGCAUUGCUCCGUGGAUAAAAAUAAAUGUAUUUUUAAACUUAAACUCGUUAUUCACAGGUUCUGUGGCUGUGGAUAUAAAUAAAUGAAGACAGGGACAUUUUCCACGACUUUCAAAGGGCAUACAAAGAUAUUUUGUGCACAUAAAUCAAGUCCAGAGCUGGUGAUGUAGAUAACUCUGUAAAUAUGCCUCCAGCAUCAGCCGUGCAAGGGUUGAACCUAAGUUUGCAGCUGGGAACAGAGUAUGAGAGGAAAAAACAGAAACUUCUGCAGGAGCUCCAGCUGGACUACAAACACUAUGUCACCAAGAAAAAGGAUCUGAAAACGAGUGAACGUCACCCACCACCACAGCGUCUCUCUCUGCCUAUAGACGAGAACUUAUCGGAGAAGGAAAAACUGAGAGAAGAGAGGAAGAAAGAAUACAACCUCUUCCUCCAGGAAAAAGCUCAAACCAGGAGGUUCAAGAGGAGAACGCCCUCCAUCAACGCUGCGCCUGGACAGAUUCCAUCUCCAGCUGCUCCCCUCCUGCCUCCUCUCAACACCAAAGCAAACAUCACGACUCCUCGCACCGGUCGCCCUGCUUCCAGGAGAGACGCUGCCACUCUGACCGAGGCUGAGAACCAAGGGAAAAGCAGAAGGACUUGGGAUCGACGGCAGCGGCGCAGGCGGCGUUUGCUGCUCUGUAGACCGAUAGAACCAUAUAGCUCUGAGGAGGAGCCAUUCACUGAUGAAGAGGAGAGGCUGGAGUUUGGUGAGAGGAGGAGGAAGAACACAGACGUUCCAGAACUUGAGGGCAAAGAGGAGAAGAGUAUGAGAGAACGCAGCGAUAAGAGAGCUCCAAAGGAAGCAGAGGCCCCUCGUGUUCGUGAUCAGAACAACAAUGACCUGGUUUUGAAUUCUCAAAAACCAGAGAGCAUGAAGGUGGCGGUGAGACCGAGCCCUGCGACCAGCAAGGACACAGCCGAGUUUGCUACUGGACUCCUAAUUGGAGCAACAGAGGAACAGGCGGCCUCACAGAUGCGCAAGGAACAGUAUAAACAGGAGCUUCUGAAACAAAUCGCAGAAGAGCAGAGGAACAAGAUGAAGGAGAAGAAACUUGAGCUCAGAGUUGCAGCCACUGGAGCCACAGACCCUGAAAAAAAGUCUGACCGCAUCAAGCAGUUUGGAGCGAUACGUCAACAAAGCGGCGGCUGGCGCCGACAUGAUGAUCAUCCCGACACGUUUGGAACUGAUCUGGAGGCGGCCGGGAAGGAACCAGAUCUCAACAAGAACAAGAAGAAACCCUCUGAGAACACGGAGCAGAGAGCUUCACCAAGGAAGUCUCAGGUGGAGCCGACAGAAAACACAGCACCCGGGUCUGGGUCUGGGACAGAAGCAGUACAGAGUCUCCCCUCACUGGAUUAUUUUAACGAGGAUUACCAUAGAGAGAUCUCAAACAUGUUGAGAGAGGCGACCAUGCCAAGGGUUGCUGGUGUUCCACCUCCAGUCCCUCCCACGGUGACUAAUAAUUACACAACUCCAUAUGAUGCAGCCUAUUACUACUAUGGAGCAAGGAAUCCACUGGACCCUAAUCCUCCUCAAAAUGAUUUGGCUGCACGGGUGCAGGAGUCAGUGAGCCUCCACAGUUCGCCUCAGGAACUGCCUCCUCUCAAACCCGGUCACCGCUCUGAACCGACUGACCUGCACAGACCAUCAUCAUCUCCACUGUAUGUCAGUGAGCUUCCUGUGGACGAGGCCAAGCAGAGGAGAGAGAACGCUCUGAUCUACCAGGAAGCUCUCAGGCAGCAGAUCAAAGAAAGAGAGGAGCGUAAAAGAAGAGAGAAGCAAGAGCGGGAGCGAUAUGAUGCCAAGAUAGAGGCUGAGAUGACGGCGUACAAUCCCUGGGGGAGAAGCGGAGGAGGUGCUCCCAUUAAAGACCAAAAAGGCAAUCUUUUUAGCGACCUGAAUCAAAUGCACAGGACAAACAAGGAGUCGUUUAAGAAUCAAGUGUCCGAGAACUGUGAGCAGACGCGAAACCUUCUGAAGACGAAUGGUAACACUCACGAAGUUGAAGGCAAAGCUGCUUUCUCACAUCGAAUAUCAGCUUUAAAUGAUCCACCAAACCCACAGCAGCACUGCAUGCAGGACACAUACAAAGAAGCCCUGAAACAACAGAUCGAGGAAAACAAGAGAUUGCAGGCGGAGGAGAGAGAACGAAUGAGAAUCGAGGAGGAGAAAGAAGAGAGGAGGCUGGCAGAGCAAAGGAUUCGCAUGCAGCGUGAAUAUGAGGAGGAGCAAAGGAAGCAGAACAAGAUUGAGAAUAAGACGGAGAGCCAAAGUUGGACGAACAAACCUCAAACACAUCGCCAGGAGGAGAAGACGGUGAAGCAGGAAGAAGAGCCGGAGACUAGGGCACCUCUGAUUUAUGAGAGAGAGUCGUCACCUCCUGUCCCAGCUUUGCAGAGGAAGCAGACUAACAACGUGGCGUCCAGAGCGUCCUCCGCUGUGAGUCAACUCUCCUCCACGACUGUGAGUCGACGCUCUGUGUCAGCACCACAUUACCCAUCAGUCCCUGGGAAAACAGCCCAGCUGGAAGAUGGUCACCAUGAAGUGAUCAGACAGCUGUCCGCCCUCCGUAGGUUCCUGAGGAAAGAGCAGAAACAACUGGAAGGUCAGAUGGAUAAAAGAGAUGGACGACAGCUUCAGUGCACUCCUCCAAACAGGUCCAGAAGACGGAGAAGCCCUGCAGUGGACGCCUUCGAGUCAGAGCGCAGGGACACGGACGAGCCGUCAACCGCGAAAACCUACUCUGUCGCUGCACGUGUGGACAUGCAAAACAUCAAGGAGUUCAACCAGCUUAAAUACAGAGAAACGGCGUCUCGUGAGGAAGUCCUUCACAUGUUCCCCGACCCUCCCACUGACGCUCAGAGUCUGGACAUCCAGCAGCAGGCACUGCGUGAACAGCGACGCAAAAUCCGGCUCAUGAGGGGAGAAGAAGACAGAGACUUAUUGGACCUUCAACUGAGCCACUAUUAUCCCAGGAACAAACCUCAGCGUCGCAUCCACAAAGACUCCAUCUUGCCUUCUGAGACUGCGUUUAUUGAUGUCUACAGCGAUGAUGUCGGCGAGGAGCGGCAGAAAACCCCUCAGUUCUCAACAGGACGCCAGGAGAGGGCGCCGUCACAGAGAAGACGCGACAAUGACAUUUCCACGAAAGAGAGGGAGCGGCGUGACGUCCAGGCAGAUGCUCAGUCCCUGCAGUCGUCAAACAGUCCGCACAGUGCGCCUGAGGUCAGAGGUCAAGCCCAGAGCAGGAGAAUCAGGAGAAGAGACUCCGACGACCACAACAGAAAAUCAGAAAGACUGAUCGGCGGUGGUGAAGAGGACGCCCUGUCUCUGUCCUCUGUCCUGGAGGGGGGACGCGUCUCUGUGGACACCGUUGCCACAGAGCCGUGGCUGCGACCCGGCACGCUGUCUGCCGUGAAACGCUCGGCGUGGGGAGAGAGGCCAGAGAGUGGCUGACGCAUGGCGUCACGUAGCUCUCAUGAGGUGAUGACACAUCACAGUUUCUUCUAUGGUAAUGCUCCAUCCCAUUUUUAAAUAAAUUCCAAAAGUGAAUGUCCCAAUUAAAUAUACUUCCCUAAAUCGUUCAGCUCCACUGAUCACCAGAAACAAAAAGCUGUACCUGAACUGUAGCGUCCUGUUUCUGUAAAUCCAGGUGGUCAAGUUGAACAAAACUCAAUUGCUUCAGUUUCUUUGUUUCUGUAGGUGAAAAAAAAGCAGUUUAUAGAGAUUAAAAGCUUUCAAUUUAACCCACAAAUUGUAUUUUUAGCUGCAAAUGUUCCAUAGAGUCUAUUCCAUAAUAUAAAAAUGUGUUUGUUCUUCA